UCUCUCUCUCUCUUGCUGCUGUGUGUGUGGAAAACAGACGCCCAUGUGAGCAGCAGCAGCGGUGGUCCAGAGUGACAACGAGCUCUCAAGAGAGUGAAAUCUCCACGGCACCAUUCAAGCGUUCUGCUGCAGCUCCGGCGACGGGCAUGUAAGAAGAUGUCUGUGGGAGGCUGCGCGUGUCCCGGCUGUUCCUCCAAGUCAUUCAAGCUGUACUCCCCGAAGGAGCCCCCCAACGGAAGCGCUUUCCCCCUCUUUCACCCCGGCACCAUGCUGGACAGAGACGUGGGCCCGACGCCCAUGUACCCCCCCACAUACCUGGAGCCAGGCAUCGGGAGACACACACCUUAUGGAAAUCAGACAGACUACAGGAUAUUUGAACUGAACAAGCGGCUCCAGAACUGGACAGAGGACUGUGAUAAUCUGUGGUGGGACGCUUUUACUACUGAAUUCUUCGAAGAUGACGCAAUGCUCACCAUCACUUUCUGUCUGGAGGACGGCCCUAAACGAUACACGAUCGGUCGGACGCUGAUUCCCCGUUAUUUCAGGAGUGUGUUUGAGGGCGGCGCCAACGAGCUGUACUACAUCCUGAAACACCCGAAAGAGUCUUUCCACAACAACUUCGUGUCUCUAGACUGCGAUCAGUGCACAAUGGUCACACAGAAUGGCAAACCCAUGUUCACACAGGUGUGUGUGGAGGGCCGUUUGUACCUGGAGUUCAUGUUUGAUGACAUGAUGAGGAUAAAGACGUGGCAUUUCAGCAUCCGGCAGCACAGAGAGCUCAUUCCCCGCAGCAUCCUGGCCAUGCAUGCUCAGGACCCACAGAUGUUGGAUCAACUGUCCAAAAACAUCACCAGAUGUGGCCUGUCCAACUCCACCCUCAACUACCUCCGAUUGUGUGUGAUCCUGGAGCCCAUGCAGGAGCUGAUGUCCAGACACAAGACAUACAGUCUGAGUCCCAGAGACUGUCUGAAGACCUGUCUGUUCCAGAAGUGGCAGAGGAUGGUCGCUCCACCAGCUGAACCAGCCAGACAGGCACCGAGUAAACGGCGGAAGCGGAAGAUGUCUGGUGGCAGCAACAUGAGCGCAGGUGGCGGCGCUAAUAAUAACAGCAACAGCAAGAAGAAAAGCCCAGCAAACAGCUUCCCACUGUCCAGUCAAGUUCCUGAUGUGAUGGUGGUGGGAGAGCCCACUCUGAUGGGGGGGGAGUUUGGUGACGAGGACGAGCGUCUGAUAACACGGCUGGAGAACACGCAGUUUGACUCGGCCAAUGGCAUCGAUGACGAGGACAGCUUUAACAACUCGCCCGCUCUCGGCGCCAACAGCCCCUGGAAUAACAAACCGCCAUCCAGUCAAGAGGGCAAGAACGACAACCCCACUUCACAAGCGUCUCAGUGAGACUCAGGGCGAGGGGGCGGGGCUGGGGACAGCCAAUGGGAGAGUUGGGUAUCAAACAGGAAGAGGUUGCAGCCAUUCAGUCAAGGGUCGACUUAUUCAUCUACCUGCAGGACGACGCCCAGCGCUGGACUUCCUGUGUCAGAGGAAACAGACACCAGAGAUGAGCGCCGAACCACAACACAAACAAUUUCAUCAACACACACUCACACACAGGACUGUUGAAGAGUGAAUCUAGUGAAACCGGUUCAUAUUUCACCACAAAAUCAAAACUGUUUUACAGUUAAAAAUGAAAGAAAGUCACCAUUCAGAAUAAUAAGAAUUACUAAUGUCAAACGUCUAGGAGUGAUUCUCACAAAACCUGUCAAGAAAAUGUCCUGGUCAAAUUUAACCUCAAAUCAAAACAAUUAUUAAAUUAUAUUUGCAUUGUGACAUUCUUUUCAGGGCACUUAAACACAUUUUACCCCUCAAUUCACGUCUGGAUGUUUCACUGUUCCCAUUGUGUCCAAAGAUGAUUCUCAUUUCUCACGUAUUUAUUUUUAAAUCAGUGAAAAUGAAAGUCAAUAUCAACUGCUAUGAUGUAUAAAUACUUUUACAUUUUUUCACGGUAAUGAAAAUUUCAUAAUGACCAUCUUUUGCCCACUUUACAGUAUUGAGAAUUUAAAAAAUGUGCAUACCUUUCAUGAAAAUAAUGUUACAAUGUAAAAAAAUCUAAUUAGUUUGAUUUCCUAUAUGCAACAUAUAAUUUAUUUCUUUUGAUUUUGGAGUAAAACAGGACCAGGACAUUUUCCUGUCAGGUUUCAUGAGAAUCACUCCCAGAUGCAUUACGUUAAUCUUAAUUUUGUGGGAAAAGUGCAUUAUUGUCAUGCGAAUAAUGUCACAAUGCCCAUGCUGUUUAAUAUCCUGGAAGGAUUCACAUGGAGAGUGUUUAAACACGAAUGCAUUUUGAAGAAUUUUAUCUGUGUUUUAUACCAGCCUCUAUUUCCCUAGAAUGUUUUUAUUGAAUUUAUUUUCUCUUUUUUUUUGUUGUUUUUUUACCGAUGUUGAAAGCUGCAAACCAAGGAGUAACUGGACCGUUGUGGUCCUUAAAGAUUUCAACCCUCAAAUUCUAUUGGUUUGUAUAAUUUUUUAAAGAGAGUCAUUUAGUGUGGGCUUCUGAUUGAUUUUUGUGUACUUGUGCUUGUAUAUUUAAGGUAGUAGCAGAGUUCUGUAUAACUGUAUUGAGAUGUAUUCCUACUUAGAGUUACAUAAAGCCAUUCUGAUCUAAUGUGUAAAAACAUGAAAGAUAAAAACACAUGAACCUCGUCUUUACCCCUCUCAAUUAUUAUUUUUUAAUUUGUGUAAAUCUGAUUGAUUAAAAUCAAGGGCACAGUCUCCAUGUUUGUCGCCUGAUUGUUUCAGAUCUGUUUUUAUUCAAUAUUAAUCUCUAUAUGGAUUUCAGUGUUUGACAUUUGUUUUGUCCAUCUCUUGGUUUUACUUUGUGAAGGGAGACCAACUGUGGACAACUAGUCAUGUUUUUUUCUACACCCAAUACUGCUGAGGUCUUUAACAAACUUUUUGUACUUUUCGAUUGUUUUUUUUUUUUUUUUUAU